GGAAAAUACCUGACACUGAGUACCUGAUAUUCGGAAGAUUUAUUUAAAAUUUCGCGAUGUACAUAUUAAACAGAGGAUGAUAAAGGUGUGAAUUGGUACAUGAUAGAAUGGAUAAUACAAAAAAGCCCCCUGUUGACAACAGACUGAUACCAUAACAUACAACACGUUGCCUUAAUUAAGUCUACCUAUGUGUAUUACAUCAUCAUACAGGAUGUAAUAGACCAAGUGGGUUUUUAAUGACUUUCUGUGUGAGAAAUAUUUGAGAUGGACUGAUGUAUAGAUAUAUAAAAUGGAUAGUGCUGGUGAUCUCUCGGCCGUAGUCGACCCAUCCAACUCUCAGGGUGAGGCAGGAGUGGCAGCCAUGGCUACCCCACCUGUGGAUACCUUACAGAACAAUGCAACAUUCGUUGAGACCAGUGUGGGUCAUAUGGCUAGUAGAGCUGGAUUCUUGGCUCUCUUCAUCAUCGUGGCAUUCAUUGGGAACAGUAUGAUCCUUGCUACUAUAGUACAGAGCAGGCGCUUGAGGAUUACUGUAUUAAAUCUACUGAUAAUUAACAUGUCUGUGGUGAACCUGCUGCAAUGUGUGUGUAACCUACCUCUUAUUCUGGGCUCUACUAUUACUGAGACCUGGGACUAUGGGAGUGCUGUAUGCCAGUUGAAUGCAUUCUUAAUGACAAUGUUCAGUAUUGUUACCAUGCUCGGACUUACAAUAAUGGCUAUUGAUCGCUAUUUAGCUGUUCUGGAUCCUGAAAAGUAUGCAGUGAGAGUAACUGUUACACGGAUUAAUUAUAUAAUACCUUUCACAUGGAUUCAAUCUGCUGCUUUCUCAAUGCCUCUAGUGAUCAAUGCAGAUAGUUCAGCUGUAUUUCCAUAUAGAUACCACUGUUCGCUGGCAGAAAGUUCAUCUCUCUUAUAUAUUGCACUAACAUCAAUUUUCUGCUACAUCAUACCACUAGCAAUAAUUGUGAUCUUCUAUAUCUGUAUCAUAAAGACUGGUAUUAAGACCAAACUGAGACAGCGUCAGGCACUCACCUCUAGCCAUAUCACAGAGGAAAUGAUGCCUUCUCCAGCUCUAAUGGUCCAGCUUCAUACCUCUAUAUAUGUAGGAUUGCUGUUCAUUUUUUGGUGUGCUUUAGAGGGCCCUUAUUUAACCCUGAGUUACAUAGAACAGUAUAGGAAUAGUAAAGAGAUUCAAGAAAAUGACUCAUUGUACAUUAAGUUUGAAUACCCAUGGGAACUUGAUAUGGGAUUCACUUGGAUAAAACUCAGCUAUCCCACUGUCCUACCAUUUAUAACAUUUAUCUGGCGUAAGGAUAUUUGGCAAAAAUUGAAAAACUUUAUUCUUUGUCGUAAGAGUAAUGUUAUCAAUGAUGCCUCUCCUAACGAUGACAUUGAGGAGGAAGUUGACAGAGAUGAAGGUGACAAACGUAAAGUAAUAUAUAAGGAGGAGAAUCAUAAAAGCUACCAGGUGCCAGUGUUGUUUGCCACAGCCAAUGGUCUCCAUAUUCAGACAUACGACCAUGACUCUGAAGAUACUCUCUCAGAUACAGGGUACUUCUAUGCAGAUAUGACAUCAAAAUCAAAUGAUAUAAAAGUAUUGAAGUCACGUAAGUGUGAUGUUAAUGGGUCUCAGGAUAUGCACGCUGACACAAGUGACUAUGACUCAAAUAAUGAUGAUAUGGAACCAUUUAAAAGUUCUAAACAGAAACAAGUCUUCUCAAAGACUGCUGUGCCUAGGUUGUUCAUCGAAUCUUCAGAUAGUGAUCGGCCUGUUAUAAGUAGUCCAGACGGACAAAAGAGAACAUCCCCUCGCAAUAUUGUAUCUGAUUCGGGGGUUGACACACUCAGUGAUUCAAAUAAAGGGAAGAAGAUACGGAAAAAGUCAUCAGAAGAAAAAAUUGAGAACAUUGUAACUGAUGAUAUUAAAGAUUCUAAAGAGGAGGAGGGUGAUAACGAUGAAAACCGUGACUCUGGUAGAGGAACAGGGAAGAGAAGUAACAAAGUAAGAGGACAACUACAGGAUAUAAAUGACCAAUAUCAUGCUAAAAGGGAUAAUCGUAAUUUACCAAAUCAGGUAUCCGAUGCUACAUCUACUCAAAUUGGAGAUGCAAUCAAAGACUCUGACAAUCAUGCAGCUACCAUAGCAGAUAGCAACGAAACUACAGAAUCUCUUAAGAAUGAAACACCAACCAAAGGUAAAGUAAAAAAGAAAAAAAGAAGUAAAGGACAAUCAUCAAAUAAUGUUGAACUUAGCAAUUUGAAAGACAAAAAUGUGCAAGAUAGUAUUGAAGUAGAAAAAGACAUUGAUAAUAAGGCUCAUAAAAGACCUCCAGCCCGUCUGAAACCUUUAGACCAUAAAGUACAUAGAUCUGAUGUAGAAAGUGAUAUUAUCUCUAUGAAGGUGCCUCUAUCACAUGUUAAUGAUGCUCAAGACAAUACCCUCAUAUCUGCUCAACCCCAAUCCCCAAAGCCUGUUAAAUCUGCUCAAAGUAAACACAAGAGAUCCGUUUCUAAAACUGAAUCUUUUGAAGCUGGUAGUGACACUGUUGAACUGAAACAAAAACGACCUCACCGACGACAUCGGUCUGGUUCGGAGCCAGAGAGCCCAAGAGAAAAGGACAAAGAAAGGAGACAUAAGGCUGCUGUUGAUGAAAGUCCCAGGUCAAGGGAACAUAGAAGACAGAAAUCAGGUUCUGGGCCUGAAAGCCAAAGAGACAAAGACAACCUUAAAGUUAAAGAUAGUGAUAAAGACAGUAAGGUAAAAGACAAUGCUAAAGAUGUCAACAAACUUGGAGAGAGCAGAUCAAGAAGUGGAAGUGCCACACGUUUGAAGAAGAAAACUCGGACAGAGAGUACUCAAGAACUGUUACUUGAUACAUCACCAAGGUAACAAUGCAUAAUUGUUAGACAACAGGAGCUGGUCAAGGUUUUCUGACAUAAUUGAGCUGACAACAUAUUCUUCAAAAAACCUAUACAACACUUGGACUAUCUGAACAGUUACACAGUACUUGAACACAAUCAACAAGAUCUGAGAAAAAUAUUCUCAUCAUUGAGAUAUAUUCAUACUGAGUGCAGUAGAACUCUAUGCAUUGCUCAAGGAGUGGGAAAGAGAAGACAAAAAAACGAUGCAAAUUUAAUAUUGAGAAUGUAUCCAAACAAGUGAAACAACCCCAUCUAUAUAUAUACCAUUUAAUAAACUUCUUAUUCAAGGAAAUCAUCUAAGAUCAGCUAUAUUGUUAUAUUCUCCAAGAUGCCGUUUGUAUUACAAGGGCAAUACUUGAAUUCUGUUCAAUAUAAUUGUAUUGAGUUUAUUCUACAAUGUUUUCUUAGCUGACAACCAGUGCCAAGUGUUCCUUUAUAAUUCUCUCAAUGCAAUAACUGUAGCUUACCAAUCUCUAAGAUUGUCAAGGUAUGGGUUAAUGAAAUGUAAAAUGAAACAUGAUUCAGCUAUAAAGACUUAUUUUGAGUGAAAUUAGAUCUUGGAGUAAUUGCAUACUGCAAACAAAUCAAUUAUCCUACUAUGUGUAUUUAUGAAGGUUCCAAUAUGUAAAUAAAAUACAUUUACAUUGAGUAUCUUCUAACCGAUGCAGAUAUCAAUAUAUUUCUGUGUAUUCGAGUAUGACACAGCUUUACAUACUAUAAACUUUACUAAUUCUCAUUUUCAAUCCUCACCUCUAGCAUUGUUAAGAUGCUAAAAUGAGGAAUGUGUCUUCGGAAAAUAUUGCAUACAUCUAAAAAUAAAGUGAGAAUAAUAAAGGAACAUUUCCUGGCUAUUUGGCUAUCAUUCUAGUUUGGUCUGGUACUCAGUCGCAUCAAUAAUCAGAAUUUUGGUUUGUUAUGGGAUGAUGUACCAAGUCACAGAACUUCGUCAAAUUACUUUUUCUCAGAACUUAUUGAUCAACUUGGUUUAUGAAACAAUGCC